GUGAUCCUCAGCUGAGUCACUUGUAGUUCAUGUCUAGUUUGAACAAUAGUCUGUAAAAAUUAUCUGAAAAAUCUUUCAAACACGAUGAGAGUUUUUGUGCUAUUGCUAUUACCAUUGAUGAUUGAGGACUCACUCCAAGAUUCAGAUUCCAGAACCAUUUUACCAAAAACAUAUCCUGGAAACUUGUCAAACGGCUCACAGUCCUCCAACUCAACCUUCCCGGAGCCUGUGAUAAACGUCAACGAUGUCAUCAUCAAUCACACCACAGGAACGGUCAGCACUAGGAUCAUUCCAUCUGCGUACAUCCUAGCCAUCCUCAUCGGGAUCCCCUCCAAUGUCUAUGUGCUAGUCUCCCUUAGCAGAAGAAAGAAUCUUUCCAGCUGUCUCCUAUAUUUCAGCCUAGCGGUGUCCGACCUUCUCUUGCUACUUUCUCUCACACUCAGAGUCCACUAUCACCUCAGUAACAAUAACUGGAUGUUUGGAGAGUUCGCCUGCAAGAUAGUGACUGCCUGCUUUUAUGGGAACAUCUACUGCUCGAUCCAUGCCCACAUGUGUAUUAGUUUGAUGCGCUACUUUGCAGUGGUCCGUCCAUUCCUCUACAGGACAAUGCUGAAAAUACACUACGCAAUCUACACCAGCUUAUCCAUUUGGAUCGUUUUUGCAAUUGCCAUGACACCUGAGUUUCUGGUCCAGCAAAGCUACCGUGUCUUUGGGCAAGAGCUGGUGACGUGUCAUGAUAUCCAGUCCUAUGAAGAAGCUUUCAACCGAGCGUUGAUUCCAUACAGACUGAGUCUGAUCUGCCUGGGGUUCAUCGCACCAUCACUGGUCAUCGCCUUUGUUUAUGGAUCUAUCAUCUACCAUCUAAAUCGUUCCAGUUAUGACUGGAAACAGUACAUGAAGGCCAGCACGCUGGUGUUUGGGAUCUUUUUAGUGUGCUUUGCCCCAUGUAAUGCACUUCUUUUUGCACACUAUGUGAAGCUGUACACUCAGGAGGAGUAUGACUUGUAUUAUUACUACAGAGCAGCAGUAUGUCUGUGUUCUUUCCACAGCUGUCUGGACCCCUUCCUCUCAUAUCUCCUCACAAAGACUUCAACUUCCCGAGUCAAGUUUAGAUCCUUAAAGGCUUUGUUCCCCGAAAAACUAAAAUUAUGUCAUUAAUAGCUCACCCUCAUGUCGUUUGACACCCGUAAGACCUCCGUUUAUCUUCAGAACACAGUUUAAGAUAUUUUAGAUUUAGUCCAAGAGCCUUCU